AUGACUUUGUCUAGUGAAUAUUUUGUUAUCUAUGUUUGUCUUUACAAUUUUUUUAAUGGAUUAGUUGAUUGACAUUCGUGAGAUAAUAUCUAAGGCAAGUUUCCCCACCACACGAAUUUUUCUGAAUACGCCAUUGGGCAUUUUAACAGCAAGACAACUGACGAGACAACAAAGUGUAAAAGUAAACACUCAGGAAUAUUUUUGCAUUUGCAUUGACUAAAUUGAUAUUAAGUCUGGUUAAAAAAAAUGAUAUUAAGUCAUUAGGUAAAUACAUUUGGUUUCUCUUUACAUUAAAAAAAGGCCCAGUUUUUUUUCUUUGCACAGGGUCCUAGAAUUCUUAGGACCGGCCUUGUGUAUGGCUUGUUCAGUCAGACAGUCACUUGAUAAUUUUUAGGAAAGUUGUAGGCGACCGACGGUUGCCAGAAUGGAAGCUCGAAGUGAGUGUCAUGUGGUGGCGAUGCCGUACCCCGGCCGCGGCCACAUCAACCCAAUGAUGAACCUCUGCAAGCUCAUCUCCGCCCGCCGCCCCCACACUCUGUUCACCUUCAUCCUCACUCAGGAGUGGUACGGAUUCAUCCGCUCUGACCCGACCCCGGAAAACAUCCGGUUCCUCACCGUCCCCGACGUCAUCCCGUCUGAAAUCGGCCGAGCGAAGGACUUUCCGGGCUUCUACAGAGCCACCCAGACCAAGCUGGAAGCGCCGGUGGAGGAGCUUCUGGACAGGCUGGAGUCACCUAAGCCGAAUGUGAUUCUACACGAUACCUACUUGCCUUGGGUGGUGUCGCUAGGGAUCCGGAAGAAUAUCCCGGUGGCUUCGUUUUAUACCAUGUCGGCCACCGUGUUUUCCGUGUUUCAGCACUGGGAUCUUCUUGUUCAGAGGGGCCACACCAAUAAUCCCAAUUUAUCAGGGAGGAGAGUGGGCUUAAAAUUCAGGGAAACUGUGAAUAGCAAUGGUGAAACUUGUAUGCAUGAUAAAAAAUAAUUUGCUGCCAAAGAGAUCAAAAGGGGGUUCCGGUUUAUUUGAAAACUUCACAUUUUACCUAAUACAGAGGUAGUAAACUAUCUUCCUGGAGUUGCACCAAUCAAAGUUUCAGAUCUUCCCACUCCUGUUUUUGGCAAAGGCAAAGAAUUGAUAGAUGAUGUCCUUAAAGCCUUCUCUAUGGUCCCUAAAGCACAAUACCUGUUAUUCACUUCUGUCUAUGAACUCGAAGCUUCCGCUAUCGACGCUUUAAGGGAAAACCUCUCCAUCCCCAUCCACCCAAUAGGCCCUGCCAUCCCUAACUUUGGCACCCAAGAACAACUCUCUCAGGUCAUUGCUAAUGAGGAUCAAGAAUCAGACAAUGUCAUCAAAUGGCUAAACGCUCAGGCGAAAAGCUCUGUCCUGUACAUAUCACAAGGGAGCUUCCUAUCAGUCUCGAGCGCUCAGCUGGAUGAGAUCAUAGCUGGCGUGCAUGAGAGUGGGGUUAAGUAUCUAUGGGUCGCACCUGGAGGAGGCAUAGACACUUCUCGGUUUCAAAGACAAAAUGGUGAGGGGGGUUUGGUUGUGCCCUGGUGUGACCAGUUUAAGGUCUUGUGUCAUCCUUCUGUGGGCGGGUUUUGGUCACACUGUGGUUGGAACUCGACGAAAGAAGCUGCCUUUGCGGGCAUCCCGGUUCUCACGUUUCCUAUAUUUUGGGACCAGACCACAAACAGCGAGCUCAUUGUCGGGGUAUGGAAGAUCGGGGUCAAGGUGCAGAAAGGAGAUGGAAGUUUGGUCAUGAGGGAUGAGAUAUGUGGGCUGUUGAGGAGAUUCAUGGAUUUGGAGGAUGAUGACAUGAAGGAGAUGAGGAGGAGAGCAAAGAUGGUUCAAGAAACAUGUCAAAACUCAGUUAAGAAAGGCGGUUCCUCUGAUUUGAACAUUGAUGCCUUCAUCAAUGACAUCUCAUAGAACAAUCUGUGCUAGCAUCGGUCGGAUUGUAUCUAUAAUCUAUUUUCAAUAAAAUCAUUGUUAUCUAUUUGAAGAUGUGAUUUUUUCUCACAACACAGAGAAAAAACUUAUGUCAGAGGAACCCGUAGACAAUCUACGGAUUAUUCAGGUUAUGUCCAAUACGGACAUGGAUUUAAGUUUUAACGUUCAUUUAUAUUUUCAGAUAUUUCAUCUUUAUAAGGAGUUUUGAUUAUUUAAAGAUGAUCUUAUUAGCUUGAAAUGUUUAUUAUAUUUUUUGUUGUUUUAUGUAUGAUCUUAUCUCA